UUGUUCGUGUCAUAUUCCGACUGGAGCGGGUCUAAGACAGAUCAUAGACCAUUAUUUUUUAAAAAUGAAGUGACCGUCAUUUAGCUUAUUGCGAAAUUAGUAAAGUAAUUUUUAAAGUGAUGGCAGGUGCGUUCAAAAAUGGUCCGCCUGGAUUACGCAACGGUUUGAAAUUGGUAGCAGCUGGUGCAGUCGCGUACAGUGCUUCGCAAUGUGUGUUUACGGUGGAAGGUCAGCAGAGAGCCAUCAUGUUCAACAGGAUCGGAGGAGUGCAAGAAAACGUCAUCACCGAGGGUAUGCACUUCAAAGUCCCGUGGUUUCAGUACCCCAUAAUUUACGACAUCAAGUCUCGACCACGGGUUAUCUCGUCUCUAACCGGUUCAAAGGACUUACAAAUGGUGAACAUUUCUCUAAGAGUGUUAUCCCGGCCUGAUGCUCAGUAUCUGCCGAACAUGUACAGGCAGCUUGGUAUCGAUUACGAUGAUAAAGUUCUACCUUCAAUUUGCAACGAGGUUCUCAAGUCCGUCGUUGCAAAGUUCAACGCAUCCCAGCUGAUCACGCAACGUCACCAAAUCUCUGCCAUCAUCAGGAGGGAACUGAAGGAUCGUGCUGAGGAUUUUAAUAUAAUCCUUGAUGACGUUUCGCUGACUGAACUGAGUUUUGGGAGGGAUUAUACUGCUGCAGUGGAAGCCAAGCAGAUAGCUCUUCAGGAGUCGCAGCGGGCAGCCUUUGUUGUAGAGAGAGCUAAGCAAGAGAGACAACAGAAGAUUGUGGAAGCCCAGGGCGAGGCGGAGGCAGCAGAAAUGUUGGGUAAAGCCAUGAGUACCAGUCCUGGGUACCUGAAACUACGGAAGAUCCGCGCAGCGCAGAAUGUUUCCAGAGUCAUUGCAAGGUCACAAAAUGCAGUGUACAUUCCCGGGGACAGCUUGUUUUUGGACCUUCAAGACCCCUCGUAUGAUAUGUUCGCGGAGCGAUUGGUGAAAUAAAUCGGAGGGAAGACUUCGCCGUUUAUACCAUAGCUCACUCAUAAACAUGAAAAAGACAUAUA